AUGUCAAUUUUCCAAUUUCAAGUAAAUCAACAUCAUUAUAAUUUUUUUCACUUUGUUUUUUUUAUUUGUUUUUAUUUCUUUAUAGUAAUUUCAAUUGUUAAUACUUUAAUCAACCUUCCUUCAUUUAAUUCAAUUAAAACAUAUCAUCCCAUCAUGUCUGAUUUCAAAGUUAAAGCCGGUUUAGCACAAAUGCUUAAAGGUGGUGUAAUUAUGGAUGUCGUUAAUUCAGAUCAAGCUAAAAUUGCAGAAAGAGCCGGUGCUUGUGCUGUAAUGGCAUUGGAACGUAUUCCUGCCGAAAUGAGAAAAUCAAACCAAGUUUGUAGAAUGUCAGAUCCAAAAAUGAUUAAAGAUAUUAUGAAUAAUGUUAAAAUCCCAGUAAUGGCCAAAUGUAGAAUUGGUCAUUUCACUGAAAGUCAAAUUUUAGAAGCUUUGGGUGUUGAUUAUAUUGAUGAAAGUGAAGUUUUAACUCCAGCUGAUACUGUUUAUCAUAUUGAUAAAACUAAAUUUAAAGUCCCAUUUGUUUGUGGUGCCAGAAAUUUGGGAGAAGCUUUAAGAAGAAUCAAUGAAGGUGCUGCUAUGAUUAGAUGUAAAGGUGAAGCCGGUACUGGUGAUGUUUCUUCUGCUGUUGACCACAUUAGAACUAUUAAAAAAGACAUCGAAGAAGCAUCUAAAUUGAAAUCUGAAAAAGAUAUUGUUGAACUUGCGGAAAAAUUAAGAGUUCCAGUUGAUUUGUUGAUCCAAGUCAUUGAAACCAAAAAAUUACCAGUUGUUUUGUUUUGUGCUGGUGGUGUUUCUACUCCAGCUGAUGCUGCUUUAUUGAUGCAAUUGGGUUGUGAUGGUGUUUUUGUUGGUUCUGGUAUUUUCAAAGCAAAGAACCCCGAAAGAUUGGCUAAAGCCAUUGUUGACGCUACCACCCAUUUCAAUGAUCCUGCUAAACUUUUAGAAUACUCCACUGACUUGGGUGAAUUGAUGGCUGGAAUUUCCAUCGAUUCCAUCAAAGACAAUGAAAGAUUAGAAAAAAGAGGUUGGUAA